CAAGCAGUUCCUCCAGUAAAUGUCCGCUGCGGUGUAGCUGGUGUUUGUCUCUUCGCGAUACUUUUCUAAACUGCCCCGUUAGAGUCGCGUCACAUUUAAAACUCCCCUGUAGACUCAGCGUUUCGCUUAAACGCCGCAUUUUGUCUGUUCGCUUCGCAAAAGAAAACACACUAUGUCGGACGCUUUGUCUGAUGACGGCAGCGACGUCAACCACGAUGACACCCAGGAGGACGUCAUGACCCCGGCCGAGCUGAUCGCCAAGCUGGAAGAAGCUUGGCUGAACGAGAAGUUCUCCCCGGAGCUGCUGGAGAACAAGUCUGAGGUGGUGGAGUGUGUGAUGGAGCAGCUGAGUCACAUGGAAGCCAAUUUGCAGCGGGUGAAGAAAGGCGACACGAAGGCCAGCAUCCAUCGCAUGGAAAUAGACCGGAUUCGCUUUGUUCUCAGCAGCUACCUGCGCGCCCGUCUGCAGAAGAUUGAAAAGUUUUUCCCGCAUGUCCUGGAGAAGGAAAAGUCUCGGGGCGAGGGAGAUCCGUCCCUGCUUUCACCUGAAGAGUUUGCGUUCGCCAAAGAGUACUAUGCCAACACAGAAACCUACCUGAAGGCUAUAGCACUAAAGCGCAUGCCCCCCAACCUGCAGACAGUGGAUAUGCUCAAAGCGGUCCCUGAGCCCUGCCUGGACUCCUUUGUGUUUCUACGAGUGAAGGAGAAACAGGAGAACAUCUUGGUUGAGCCUGAAACAGACGAUCAGAGAGAGUAUGCUGUAGAUCUUGAAGAGGGCUCUCAACAUCUGAUGAGGUAUCGAACUAUAGCGCCGCUUGUUUCAAUUGGAGCCGUGCAGUUAAUCUGAACGUCGAGGUCCGUCUGUUGGUUUGGAUGUUUUGCGCUCCAGGAGGUCAGAACAUGAGCAAUGGCCUACGUUUGUAACAUAAGCGGUACAUUAACCGGCAGAGAUUACAUCUGGAUUUGCACUUCAUCUUCUUCACUCUGGAUUACGGACUAACUCGUGGGACACAAACAAGGACAUUUUUUGCACUAUAUCUUCCAGUCAUGUAACUCUUAAAUAACACCAAAUAUAAGUUUGUUUUGUUGGUGCUUGGUGAGGAAUGAACCCUCCUCACCACAGCAGCGUUUUGAGUGCUGUGAAGUUAUUUUAGGAUCUUUUUAAUAAUGUCACAACUAGUCUGCUCAUUGAUUCUGUUGUUCCACCCAGAUGACUCGCAUUGUCAGACUUCCUCCUCUCCGGCUCAGUCACGAGAUGCACCCAUGGGUGAAAUGUCAUCCGUUUGCUUGGCGUCAUAGUGCAUAUGGGCAUGUUUGAAAAAAACAUGGUUUCCUUUGUUCAUUAUUUCUUAAAUGACAUUCACACUUAUAUGAAUUACUGUCAUAAAUAAUAUUAAUCCUGUUAGUUGUCAGAUAACUUCUGUGCAUCUCUUCAUUUGAAGUUUCUUUUGCAUGUGUUUUAAAAAGUUUUGCCCUGAAAUGACAUAUGGUGUGAGAUGUAAUUGUUGAAAUGGCAUUGUUAUGUAAGAGUCUCAAAGGGAGCAAUCAGUGCUUCUUGUUUGCCUUCACACAAAUUGCCCAUAUUUCGGAGCUAAUAAGGGACGGAGGGAGCGCCAGCUUCAAGAAACUGAACCACUCUGAUUGAGCUGAUACAGAAUCCUGAAUAUACAGAGAUGCAUCUGCAAUACUUUAAUGCUAUUCUGUUCUUUUAGACCGUGAAAAUGUGGAUUUGAGAAAAAUAAAUGUACUUGUAAAUGAU